AUGGCCAGAAUAGCUAGAGACGUGGUUGCGUCGUGCAAGAUCUGCCACGCGACUAAAUAUUACGCGAAACCCACAGUGGGAGAGCAAUACUACGUAUUACCCGACGAACCGAGAGAGGCGGUAGCGGUCGACAUCUUUGGACCAUUGCCAACCGCACAGAGAGGAUACAAGUAUGUCCUGGUAGUUAUGGACAAAUUUUCGAAGCAUGUGAGGCUUUACCCCAUGACUAAUCAAAAAUUGGACACUAUAGCCGAAAGGAUGGGAGAAUAUUUCGAGCAGAUGGGCGUACCGAAGGAAGUAUUGACUGACAACGGCGGGCAGUUUAUAACGACGAGAUGGGCAGAAUUUGCGCGAGAGAACGGUUUCCAACCGAAGAAAACAACUCCGUACAACCCACAGUCGAACCCAGUCGAAAGAGUCAUGCGAGAACUCGGACGCAUCGUUCGAACCUACGCUAGUCAUAGACAGGGCGUAUGGAGCAAGAUAAUCCGAAGAGCCGAGGACGUAUUGAACAGCACGAUCCAUUCGAGCACCGGAUUUACGCCAAACGAAUUACAUUUCGAUAGAACGGACAACUUCGGACUAAGGGAGGACCUUUUACCGGAGAUCUAUCAGGAGCAAGGACUGGAGGAAAAGAUAGAAACCGCGAGGGAAAAUCUCAAAGAAAACGCGGCGAAAAGAAAACGACAAGCCGACAGAAAAUUACACGCGAAAGAGUACGAGCAAGGAGAGCGAGUCUGGGUGAAGUUACACCGACAAUCAGACGCGAGCAGAAGGGUUACGAGAAAGAUUUAUUUGGUCUACGACGGACCGUAUCGAAUUUUGCGGGUGUUGAGAAAAAACGCCUACCUAAUCGGCGACGACGAAGGAAACGUCAUAGGGGCGUUCAACGCCAGACAAAUCCGACCACACCGCGAAUCCCAAUUCCGACCGGACAACGGACAAACGGACAGUAAUACCGAACAACCCGACGGAAACGGUGACAAUCGCGAGAUUAACGAUCCAACGGAUCAAAGCGAGAUAGAAAUAUCUGAUAGCGAUAGAGGCGAAGAAACCGUACGUUUAGUUACGCGAAAUACGGCUGAUUCCGAUCAAAGCGGGAGCGCGAACAGCGAGACGGGCGAUCCGAACCGAGCGUCAUCUACGAGCGAGUUAGGCGAGGAGAACGGAUCGACGACGACCACCGUAAGCGAACGCGAACCGACGAAGGGCAACCGACGCGCGAACAAACGACGAAGACGCCGAAAAAUGAAUAGAAUUAGCUCAUCGAGCGAUAGCGGCGAGAACGAACCGCCGAUAUACGAUAGCGAGACAAGCGACGCGAGGGACCGUGAUCCCGUUCUUACGAACAACGCGAUCGUUAAACGCGAAAAUCAAAUAGUUACAGCCGAAACGGACGAACGAGUAAAGGUAAUCAACCGCAACGAGGACGACAGCUUCGAACACAGGGUAGAAACAGACCGUGGAUACGCGUACCGAAAGGGCAAUAGAUAUACUACGCGAAGCGGAACUACGAUCCACACGAUAGAACAAGGCUAUCACGUGAACGCUAUGGUAAGGAUACCGUACAGCGGAAGCGAGGAGUGGUUAACGCCACGAAUCAGCGAAUCGCAAAAAAGACGCGAAAAAACGCGAAGCAACAUAGCUAGAUUAAACAAAUCAUUAGGUAGAUUAGAGAGGCGAGCGAACCAAGCGAGAUCUUCGCGAAAAAACGAAAUAAGCGACAGCGUAGUGGCGCAAGCGAUUAAAUUUUGCGAACGUCUAAGCGCGAGCGAAAGCGAAACAACACCGAGGAAAACAUCAGACCAGGAGCAGUACAAACGGACGGCACGAUCCAGCGAGGAGGCGAAUCAAAGCUCUGUCGACAGCGCGAGGAUCGCGAGUUCCGGCUCACGGUUUGACGACGACCAGCAAGGGCAAAACAGCGAGGAGAAGGAGGAAAGAACCAUCUAUUCGGAUGAAACGACGGCGUACGUACCGGACAAUCAACAGGGUAAUCCACUAAUCUGGGACGUAUCACCAAUAGCGAAGAUCGAGGAAAACGAUCAAGCGGAUCAAUCCGUGAUAAUCAUAGAAAGCGACAGCGAAACCGAAAGUUAUCGGGAAGCAAGUAAGAUAGUAUCGAAGAUCGUAGCAGGAUCGAGCGAGUACCUCAGAUACACCGAGGAUAACCGCGAAAAGAAUCGAUACCUGGCGAGCAAAAGCGAGUCGAGCGUUACUGUUAUCGACGCGACGACGAGCGACGAAAGCGCAAUCAAGCGAGAGACGGGAGACUCAACGACGACAACCGGCGAGUCAGUCCCGACGCGACCGUCAGAACAGACGCAAACAGAAAUACAUAGGGAUUGCGAGGAGGUCAUCGCGAUCCUAAUAGAAGCUGUACACAGGCGAACCAUGGAGUAUCCUGAUUUCGUCGAGCUAUUGAGAGAGGAAAGAGAAGCGAGAAGGACGUUUACCCAAACCCUCCGUGACAACAAUAAUGUAGAAGAAAUCCAAAGUUGUAUAGCGACAACGAAAUCGUUCACACAGCGUUUCAACCAGAGAACACAACCUACACCUAGCGAUGAAUUGCAACGAGCCAACGAGGAGACCAAGGAAGAGUACACUCGUGCGAUCAUCAAUUACAAUCUGGAAACGCACAGAACCAGCGUCAAUGACGUCGAGUUGAAUCUAAAGAGACCGACAGGCGAGGACCUAGCCAAACUAAGGCUAUUGGCCCACACAACCAGACAUCCGUUAACAGAAGAGGAUGAAGACAUAGAAUUUCACGUGCUCUUGAUGUACAAGAACGGCACUGUGAUCGCUAAGCAGUUCUUUCCGACCGAACCGAACCAAACGUUGGAAACAAACGCAAUUAUAAACAUAAUCGAAAGAACCGAAACUCCAAAGGGAAGGAAGGCUGACGAAGCUGAAUCACAGCGAGACAGCGCUUCGGAGAAAAACGAGAAGAUACGAGGCCAGAGACGUAAAGGGCGCAACGAGACAAAGAAAAGGAAGCGAUUCUCAACGAGCGAGGAGGAGGAUAGCAACUCCGAACCGAUUAAAACCUCAAGGAGAUCCAGAUCCACUCAACGCGACCCAAGACGCAAAGCCAGAGUAUUAUCCCGAAACGAGAAGAAGAUAGACGGCAGAUCAUCAAGAAGGCCGGAAACAUACAUACGGGACAAGGGGGGCAAAUUUGCACCCAAGGUUAAAGUAAUCGAGGAGAAAAUUAUAAGCGUAGCAAUUACGCGAAUCGACGAACCAAACGACGGGAAAACGGAGAAAGCGGCGACCAACGGCAAAAGCUGUGAGCCGGCGCGAGUGAUUCAACCGUUAGUCGACAAGAGAGCUGAGAACACCGACGAACCUCAACCCUCUACAUCCCAACAGGCAGACAUCCUGGAAGGAAGACCACAAACGUAA